UGAUUGAAUUUUGGAUACUACAGGAAAAUAUUAUCGGCAUCAAAGCCAAUGGCGAAACAGUGCCUGCCCUUUCUUUUGUUAUUACAGGUUUGCUUACAUCUUGCUGCCGCCCACUACAUUGUCAAAUUUCUUCCCGGGUUUCAGGGGCCUCUUCCCCUCCACCUUGAAACAGGAUAUGUUGGAGUGGAUGAAGCAGAGGAUGUGCAGCUCUUCUACUACUUCAUCAAGUCCCAGAGGAAUCCAGAAGAGGACCCUCUAUUGCUUUGGCUAACUGGUGGCCCUGGCUGCUCCGCCUUCUCUGGUCUUGCUUUUGAAAUCGGUCCAAUAAAUUUUGAGGAAAAGGAAUACAAUGGGAGCUUACCUACAUGGGUUUUGAAUCCAUACUCAUGGACACAGGUUUCCAGCGUAAUAUUUUUAGAUUUGCCUGUUGGCACUGGAUUCUCUUAUGGAAGAACCCCACUUGCUCUUCAGAGAAGCGAUUCCAAACAAGUUUCGCAAGCUGAGCAAUUUCUUCGAAAGUGGAUAAAGGAUCAUCAAUAAUUCCUCUCAAAUCCAGUCUACAUUGCUGGUGACUCCUACUCUGGCAUUAUCGUUCCAGCUGUAGUUCAAAAGAUUUCUAAUGGGAACAGUGAUGGUAUCAAACCGCGAAUAAAUCUCAAGGGAUACAUACUUGGGAACCCUAUUACUGAUCCUACUUUCGAUUUUAACUCAAGGAUUCCAUUUGCUCAUGGAAUGGGACUUAUUUCUGAUGAACUCUAUGAGUCGCUCCUUGUGUUGAACAGUGGCGAUCAUGAUAUGGUGAUACCAUUCUUGGGAACUCAAGCAUGGAUAAGAUCUUUAAACUACUCUAUUGUUGAUGACUGGCAUCCAUGGCACUUUCAAGGUCAAGUUGCAGGAUACACGAGGACUUACUCUAGUCAGUUGACAUUUGCGACUGUGAUGGGUGGUGGGCACACUGCUCCCGAACACAAGCCUGCAGAAUGUUUUGCCAUGUUUAAACGGUGGAUACUUCAAGAACCGUUGUAAAACUAGGCUGCUACUGGAAGCGCAGUCAUGGGAAAAGGUCACUGGCCACUGCGUCGGGGAAUAAAAAAAACCUGUUUAUAUACUACGACAGGUAUUCUAUCCGAAUGCUAAAACUCCUAAGUCCAAAUAAAGAAAUUAAGCACAGUGCAUCAUUUUAGUUCUGCUACCAUCAAUGGAAAUUAGCCACAAUUAAUUAUUGUCAAGUUUAUUGCUAAUGAGCUGUAUAAUACUUGUCAAAUCUACCCUUCGUAAAAGGAGAGAAGUGUUUUUUGUUACUGUUCAAACACAUUAGAUUUUUUUUUUAACAAAAGAUUUAUAAACAAGUUUUUUU